AAAGAGAAUGCCCCUUCUCUUUACCUUGACUUCACCUAUCUCGCAGAUUUGGAUUUCGCACAACAUCGCCAUUUCGUAGAAAAUGGCAGUGUUUAUACCCAGGGCCCCUUGCUGACAUAUUGCACCCUCAACCUCAACCAUAACAUUGAUCAACCUAAAACGAAAAUGUGACAUUUACUUAGCGAACUACUGUAAAGUGCGUAAGAGGGAAUGGGUUGCUGCGGCAUAGGCGUGUCAUGAGGAGGGCGGGAGACAGACACUGCGACACAGGUACUAUAGUGAGGAAAGAUAAAUAGUGUAAAGCCAUGGAAAAACAGAGUGUGCUAUUAAUAAGCAAGAGGAGGAGGCCUUACGAAGCGAUACAAGUUAAAGAAAGAAGAAGCAAGCAGCCGCGGGAACAUAGGCUGGGUGCUAGUCUAUAAUAGGGAGCCACAUGAAAACAGUAUUAAUUCAAAGCUGGAAACGGACAGAAAAAAUAAUUAAAGCACACAAAGGAAGGAAGAUCAAAGUGGAAAGACCUACUAAGUGAUACAAAGCCGCAGAGGUCUACAGAAGAAGAAGAAGAAGGAGGAGGAGGAGCUCUCCGUGCUGAACUGAGCCUAAAGAAGAAGAAGAAGCUCGGUGUUGGGGUGUUGAGCCUAAAUGCCCAAGGCUGAAUUUUCUUUUAUCUACACUGUGUCGGGGCUGCCAUUCCCUCCACGCUAUUCACCAGACCAUAAGCAUCGUGGGUGACAGGGGGCCACCACCAAGAAUCCUAUCAUAGUUUCUUUCAUUGUUUUGUUAACGGGGGACCCGCGGUGAUUUGUAAUGAAAAAUGGAUGAAGGAUUUAUCCAACUCAAAUGGAAUACUCAUCAGUUGGCUCUCCUGAACACACUCAGCACCCUACGAGAUAAGCAAGUGUACACAGAUGUAACACUGUCAUGUGGGGAUCAGUUUUAUCCUGCCCAUCGUUUGGUGCUAUCUGCCUGCAGUACCUUCUUUGCAAGAACCCUUGAAGUUGCCAACUGCAGGUCCCCUAUGCUGCUACUGCAUGGAAUUGAACAAUCUACCCUGGAACAGCUGUUGAUGUUUAUGUAUGAUGGACAGGUCACCAUUUCAAGAAAUGACUUGGCAAAUUUAGUGAAAGCUGCCCAGUGGCUUGGAGUAAAAGGGUUAGAUACAACCCAGGACAAACUCAGAACAAAUGAUUCUGCAAGUGAACACAUAGAUUCCACACAGGUCUUGGAAAGUUGGAAGAAUUAUCUAUCUUCUUUUAAUAAUACCAAUUUACAGCCAGAGAGCCUUGAAAAUGGAUUCAAAUUAUUCAAGAAUAUAACCAGCAUACUGCAAAGAGAUGAAGAUUCUUCUGGUCAGAGCUCUAAGUCAGAGAAUCAAUCAUCAGAACAGUCAAAUCAAGAGGCCAACACACAAGAUAUUCCUGAUUCAGACAGGAUAGGUUCUGCAGACAUUUCUGCCCAUGAUAAUUUCAUGAACAGCAGUUUUACUGCCCAGGAGUCAGAAGAUAGCAGCAGUAGUUAUUCCUUCAAGGGAUGGAAUAAUGAUGAAACUCUUCAAAAUUGUGAUUUAAAAAGUCCUAAUUUUACAACACAUGAUGAAGCUAUUGAAACUACAGAAGGUUUUUCAAACUCUGCAGAUGAAUCCACAGAAGUCAAUGCUAGUAAGGAAAACAGUGCUGAAGAGAACAAGAGAACCCUGAGGUGUAAACACUGCAGAAGGUCUUUCAAGAUACGUAAAGACCUUGCGUUGCAUCUUCGUACUCAUCAUGGUCAUGCUCAAAACUAUUGCUUCUCCUGCCGCUAUCAGUUUAACACUAAGAAAGAAUUUAAUACUCAUAUAAAAAUACAUAAGGCAGAAAAAAUACAUCCUUGUAGCAUGUGUGAAUUUGUCAGUCAUAGCUUCUAUGGCCUUAAGAAACAUCUUGCUGUGCAUCAGAGCACUUCCUCAAAGUCAGGUGUAGUAAUUCCCAAAGUAGAGCUCUUAGAUGUAUCAAAAGAAAACUCUGAAGAUCCUCCAAGUUCAAACUCCAGAUCAAAAAGACCUGCUUGUUCCACUUGUAUGGUGGUAUUUCGAAAUGAAUUUUACCUUCAAAGACAUAAGGAUAGAGGCUGUAAAGGAAUACCUAAAAGUAAAAAGGGUUACCAUUGUCCCAUGUGUAUGUAUAUAGGCAGUAGGCUGCGAAGUGUGGAGGACCACUUGGCUGGUCACACUGGUGAUUACCGCUUCCGCUGCUCCUACUGCCCUUACCAAUGCAGUAGAAAUAAUCUCCUUAAAGAACAUAUGAGUAAGAGACAUCCAGAAUUUAUUUAAAAGUAGCAAAAGAUUUUUGUUACAAAUAAUAUAUGUUUGUGUUGUCUAACUUACAGCAUUCAAUAUGCGCAUGCUGGGUUAUGGAAAGUACAAAACAAAAAUUGAGGCAAAAAAAAAUGAUGUCAAGAUGGACAUAAAUGCACAUAAUCUUAGGACAAGAAGUAUCACUGCAAGCCCCAAUGUAGAUGUCAAAGAAACAAAAUUUAGUGUUUUUAACUGCAUAGCCAUUUUUUUAAGAAAAUGUAUAUUUAAUCAUGUGACCUGUAGCACCUUAUAACUCUCCAUGUCGUUUAUUUAUAACCAGCUGGAAGUCAGAUGCCUGGAAAGCACUUCCAGUGAUUCAUAUUUUUUAAUUUUCUUUGGUAUCAUACCUAAAAAAUUUAUCGAUCUUUUUGAUUCCAAAUAAUUCUUUGCAGUCCCAUAAGACUUUCCAGCAUCAUACAUAUUAUGUACCAGAGAAUAGUUAAGUUGAAGGCAUAUCACAAUUAGUUUCAUUAUUCAGUAUGUUAUUAAAUACUUUUUCUUUAAAAACAGUCCAAAUAGUAUGUUUUUGAUUUUUUUGUGAUUCAUAUUCAUUAGCUGGUAUCAUAAGCACAGUGGUACCAUAACAGAGUUGAUCAGUAGUCAAUCUAGCUCCAGUUUUCUGAGCAGCCAGGUGCUGCAUGUUGCCAUUAUCAUGAAUUAGCUAUGUUCAGUAAUAGAAAAUUAAUUUGCAUUGCCUUUAGUUCUGUAACCUGAUUCUUGAAGAAAAGAUUAAAAUUUGUGUGUCCCUUAGUAUUCCCUUAGGUUUUUCCUCUUUUCUUCCCACUGAUCAGCAAAACUCCUUUGAAAGUUUUACACAGACAGUAUAGAGCUCCGUAGUCCAGUGGUUAGGAUGUUCGCCUCACAACUGAGAGGUCCAGGGUUCGAUUCCAGGUCAGAGAAUAAAUGGGUGGGCAGUCUAUUUUAAUUCAUACCCUCUGUCCACCCCAACCCAGCAGUGAAUGAGUAACAGACUGGGGUUGUAUCCUACCUCCUGGGUGUGCCUUGUAUUUUGACUUUAAUUACUGCCACAUGUUACUGAAACGCUGUAAGGGGUAUCAGCUUAUUUGAAAUGUUUUUUAAUUAGGGUUCAAGUUUAAAACCUCUUCCAUAAGUCAGUUUUAUUGCAUCUUCUAUUUCCAUUCUUUGUUCUCAAGAAGAGUGUUUUACAAUAUCCUGCCAUUUGUGUAGGUACUCUUUAUUUGCUUUUCCUUCAGCCAUUCUUGCAUAUAUUCUGUGCACAUUAAAUAUACCUUAUAUAAUAGUCUUAGUUUACUUUAAAUAUAAUACUAAAAAAAUCUUUUGUAAUAGUUAUUACCUGAUGUACCUCAUUUGAUCCACCCACUUUGCAAAGAGAAACCAUUUAAUUUAAUUUUCUCAUUUUAAGUGAAUAAUGUAUAACCAGCAAUGUACCCCUUAGUCAUUUCUUACUGUCAGGAUAAGUACCUGGUAAAAUAUUUUAAUUUAAUUUUUUUCUGGUAGAAGGGUAACUUGGCUAAACUCAGGUUACAUGAGAGUAUCAGACAUGUUAUGACAAUAGUGCCAUAUGAUACAGAUGAAAAUGUCCAUGUCCAUGGAUAUGUUAUUGGGCAAAAUAAAGUUACCUCAUACAUUAAUUAUAAUCCUCGCAACUUGUUUCCUUCGUGCUAUUUUAUAAGCUUUCAUUUUGUUCUAGUAAAACAGAUUUCCUGUAAAAUGUCCUCUUCAUAAACAUUUGACUGGGCUCCUUUCUUAUGUCUUGUUAAGCAUACUGUUGGUGUUUGGUAAUAUAUAGUGUAAAUGAUACCAGUGAACCAACUCACUUGCUAUAUUAGGAUAGGCAGAAUUCAGAUGUUCAUUGCCUUAUUCAUCAUGUACAAUGAGUACAGUGAUUUACACAGUGAACAUAUUAACAAAACAUUUUAAUUCAAAACCUGUACAUUUCACCCAUAGAAGUUGCUGCAUUAGCUGAGAUAGAUAAUAAAAGUGAUGUCUUUGUACAUUAAAACACUAAUAAUCUGUAAUUUGAAGGAGUGAGACUAUUUUUAUUAAACUUUAAUUAACUGAC